GUACAAGAAAGAGGACCCCGGUUGGUUACAUUUUUUUUGAAUUUCAAUUGUUUUUUUUUAAUUCUCCAAGAAGAAAAUUAGUUUAGCUUCCGAUGAACUCAGAAAUCUCUCAGCCGCCGGAGCUAAUGCCGUCGCUGAAUCCGUUUAGUGGUGUUGAUAUCUCGGAAGAUACAAUAAACGCUGCAGUCGAGGCAGAGCUCGCCGAGUUAGCGAAAAGUGACUCGAACGGCGGAGGAAAGAGUAAAGUGAAAGGAUCUUGGUCUCCGGAGCAAGAUGAGGCUCUCACGAGGCUUGUGAAAAAGUGUGGGCCGAGAAAUUGGACUCUGAUGUCUCGUGGAAUCCCAGGUCGUUCUGGUAAAUCUUGCCGAUUGCGUUGGUGUAAUCAGCUCGAUCCUAACCUCAAACGAAAACCUUUCUCUGAUGAGGAGGAUCAUAUGAUAAUGUCUGCACACGCGGUUCUUGGGAACAAAUGGGCUGUGAUUGCUAAACUCUUACCAGGGAGAACAGAUAAUGCCAUUAAGAAUCAUUGGAACUCAAGUCUUCGACGUAAACCAGCAGAUCUGUGGAAGGUUCCUCUAUUGAUGUCUUAUACAGAAGAAAUAUAUCAAAUGCAUCCAUCAAAGGUCAGAAAGAUAUCAAAUGCAUCCACUAAAGAGGAGCAUCUACCUCGAGAAGAAACCGAUUUGGUUACGCCUCCCGUAUUAAAUGAUGAAGCAAACGAGCCUCCUCGGGAACAAAAGAGUAAACCUGAUAUUUAUCGCCCAGUGGCUCGAAUUGGUGCUUUCAGUGUCUGUAAACCAGGAUACAUGAACGACCAUAUGGCUCCAUGUGAGGGAUCUUUGGUUCAAGCAUCAAGAUCUGACUCAUUGGCUGGUAAAUUUCUUCAGUCUCUUUGUUAUGAUCCUAUCAUCCCUUCAAAAUGCGGUCACGGUUGCUGCAACCAUCAAGACAACAAAACGAUGUCAUCAUCGUGUAACUCGGUGCUGGGACCAGAGUUUGUGGAUUAUGAGGAACGUUCUUCUGCAGAGUUAGACCAAGAAUUGAUCUCUAUAUCAACCGACCUGAACAAUAUUGCUUGGACUAGGAGUGGGAUUAACAACAACUAUUUUAAGGAAGCUGAACCGAGUUUGAAGGCUGAUGAUCAGUUUGGUCGUGAAUAUGCUCAGGCGAAAUUUACUGGAAUGGUAAACAAUGGUGUAUCAAGUCAGAUGCUGAGACAAGAUUUAAGGGCUUUGAGCUAAUUUUAGAGACAAAACAUUCAUCCAAUAUCUCCUUGUUAAUUCUAUUUUUACCAGAUCAUUGAAGAUUGAAACUUUACAAGUAUUAAGCUAGCGUUUCCUGGUAAAUCAUUGAAGACAAAAAAAAAAAAAAUUAAAUGCAUUUAACUACUGAUUCCUCUGUCUUCUUAUAA